AACCCCUUCUGGUCCCUCAAGGUCGCUCGCCUCUGGAAAGGUUCUCUGGCGUUAUACCUUGUUUAAGUAUAAUCUAGGAGUUCAUAAACGUAUAUUAUCAAGGAUAAUGGCACCCAGCCUCGUCUUCGUGUACGGCACCUUAAAGCAGAACGAGCCGAACCAUCACUGGCUCACCGACAAGGAAAACGGGGAGUCUAGGCUCGUUGGGAAGGCAACAACUCAAGAACGCUAUCCUCUGGUCAUUGCGUCAAAAUUCAACAUUCCGUUUCUCCUAGCUGUUCCAGGGAAAGGGGAGCACAUUGAAGGCGAGGUGUAUGAAGUUGAUGAGAAAAUGAUGUCAAACUUAGACAUUCUGGAGGACCAUCCCAAACUUUAUGAGAGAAAGAAGAAUAAAAUGACGUUAGAAGCAACAGGAGAAAUAGUCGAGUGCUGGAUUUACCUGCUACACAAGUACCGUCCAGACCUGCUUGAUUUGCCGAUGUUGAAAUCCUACUCGUCAAAGGGCUCACACGGGAAGGAAUAUGUUGCGAGGUAUCUGCGGGAAGAUUUCUGUAAAGAGAAUAUGUAUACGGAAAUGCAUGUUGCAGUUAGUCCUGAGGAACGGUUAUGGAAGUAGAUUGACAGAAAAAGAAGAUAGGGAGGAAAGAAAACGGGAAGAAGAUAGGGAAGAGAGAAAAUGGGAAGAUGGGGAAGAAAAUGGGAAGACAGAGAAGAAAGAAAAUGGGAAGAAGAUAGGGAAGAAAGAAAAUGGGAAGAAAAUAGGGAAGAAAGAAAAUGGGAAGAAGAUAGGGAAGAAAGAAAAAGGGAAGAAAAAGAAAAAGGAAAGGAAGAAAACAGAAAGAAAGGAAACAGAAAGAAAAAUGGAAGAAAGAAAAAAGGAAGAAACAAAACGUAAAGAAAGAAAAAGGGAAGAAAGAAAACGGAAAGAAAGAAAACGGAAAAAAAGAAAGAGGGAAAAAAGGAAAGAGAGAGAGAGAAAAAAAAGAAAACAGGAAGAAAGAAAAUGGGAAGAAAAGAGGAAGUAAAAGAAACGGGAAGGAAGAAGCAGUGAAAAGAUAAUGAUGAUAAAGAUAGAUAGAUGGAUGGAAAGAUGGACAGACAGACAGAUAAAUAGAUAGAUAGAUAGAAAGACAGACAGACAGAUAGGUCUACAGAAAGACAGUCAUACAGACAUACAGACAGAUAGACUGAUAGAAAAAAGGAAAGAAAGAAAGGCAAAUGAGAGAAUGCAAGAUAGAUAGAAAGACAGUCAGACAGAUAGGUGGACAGACAGACAGGCAGACAGACAUACAGACAGACGGACAGGAAAAAGAAAAGAAAGAAAUGCAAAUGAGAGAAUGCAAAAAAACAAAACAAAAAAACAAGCAAAACAGAACAAAAAACGAGGACGCAGCUCUGAGAGGGAAAGUAACAGGAGAUAUUUCGGUCCAGGAUAUUCACGUGGAAUUCAGCGAGAGAGAGGUUUAGAAGGAGAGAGAUAGGUGUGAGAGAGAGAGAGAGAGAGAGAGAGAGAGAGAGAGAGAGAGAGAGAGAGAGAGAGAGAGAGAGAGAGAGAGAGAGAGAGAGAGAGAGAGAGAGCAAGGUAGAGAAGGAAAUCCAUAGAGGGAAACCGAUAGAUUGUUUGAUAGAGAGAGAGAGAGAGAGACGGAGAGAGAGAAAAAAAGGGAGACAGAAAGACAGAGAGAAAGAAAAGGAUAUACAGAGAGAGAAAGGGUGACUGAAACAGAGACGAUGAGAAAACGAAACACAGAGAAAGAAAUAGAGAAAGAAUAAUAAUAAGACACCCGAGGAAAGACUCUUCCACCCCCUCCCACUUCUCCCCCUCCCCCUCCCUCUCCCCCCUAACGUAACUCAAACUCGCAAUCUUCUCCACAAAAAAGGUAAUCUCAUUCGGAGGGGAAAGUCGUGACGCGCAGCCCGUAACAGACAUCGUGACGCCGCCCCGUGACGUCACAGUGGCACUUCUGCGGUUCUCCUUCCGUCACAGGCUUGGCACCUUCGAGGGGCAGCUUCAUUAGCAUGUGCAAGUGGGCGUGACCAGGAGGAGAGGGGGAGGCUGUCACUUCUGCGUUGGCUGGCGAAGGCAGGGGGGGAGGGGGGAUGUUGCU